AUGGAUGCGUAUCCAGGCCGCGGUGGCAGAGGGUGGGAUUCGCCCGAUUCUACUGUGGGCGUUGGCGGCGGGAGCAGUGGCUUUGCUGGUGGAUUAUGCGAGGAUGUUGUAUUUGUACAUGCGGAUGACACCAAGCCAUGGAUAUAUUUUGAGGAACUAUCUAAAAAAUACGACACCCCUCUGAUUACUUUCUGGAUCGGCCGGAGGCCCACCGUCUGGAUCUGCGAUGCAUGGACAGCAUCAGAGAUUCUCGACAAGAGAGCCGGAAUCUAUGCAUCUCGGCCGCGAAUGGUCGUUUUUGGAGAACUGGGACCGGGUCAAACUAACCUGGUGUCCAUGUACUACGGGCCUAGAUGGCGUCUCCAUCGGAAAAUCACCCAUCACGGAGUCGGGUUGCAGCAAGUACGCAACUAUCGGAGUUUCCAGAACGACGAGAGCAGACAGAUUGCCUACAAUAUCCUGACCACGCCGGAGAGUUACGAGGUCCAUCUUGAACGAUAUGCUUCCAGCGUUGCGUCGAUUAUUGCAUUCGGGAGGAGGAUUGCAAAGACCACGGAUCCCAUUGUUAGUGAGGUUCUUGCGGUCAUGCAACGGGCUGCCGAGUUGAAUGUUCCUGGGAAGAGUUUCCCCAUGUUGAUGGAGUCCUUCCCAAUCCUUUCCAAGUUCCCUAAUAAGAUCGCCCCAUGGAAACAUGGUCUUGGAGGGAAGAAUGGCCGAGGCCGCCCGUUCUAUUACGCACUGGCUGAGGAAGCCGCCGCAAACCCUGACCAACCUCAAAGUUACUCCAAGAAAUUGUUCGACGAAGCGCCAAAGCACAACUUGAGCCCCGCGGAAAUUUCGUCCCUGGCAGGAAAUCUGUUUGGAGCUGGCAGUGACACUUCUAGUUCGACGCUUCUCACGUUUAUCCUGGCCUGUUGUGCGUUCCCGGAGGUACUUGCACCUGCAUGGGAAGAGCUGGAUCGCGUUGUGGGCCCAGGGCGAAGCCCAGACAUGGACGAUGAGCCGAACCUGCCAUACAUCAGAGCCUUUGUAAAGGAGGUGUUCCGCUGGAGAUCCGUGGCUAUCAUCGGAGGUCAACCUCACGCCCCUAUCCAGGAUGAUGUGUACAAGGGCUACGUAAUUCCCAAGGGAACUUGGGUCCAAGGUAACGUGUGGGCCAUCCACCGCAAUGAGCGCGACUUCCCCGAGCCUGACCGCUUCAACCCCGAUCGGUUCCUCAAGGACAAUGCUGCCUCCAGACCAUUCCCCAACGAGAGAGGGUACAUGACAUUCGGAUGGGGCCGACGAGUAUGCAGCGGCCAAGGGCUGGCUGAGCAAGGAACCUUCCUGUCGGUGGCUCGUCUGCUCUGGGGAUUCCGAAUUUCCAAAGCGCUUGAUGCUCAAGGAAAAGAAAUUCCCGUGGAUAUUUUCGCUUAUACGAAUGGGCUGAACAUCCGGCCGGAACCCUUCAAGUGCCGAUUCAUCCCCAGAUCCGCUGAGAUCCGGGCGACGAUUAAGCGGGAGGGCGAGGAAGCGCUGGAGCGGCUGUCAAUCUAUGACGGGGAGACGAAGUAUAACUUCAGUACAUAUAAUAAGAAGUAG